CCCAUUUCUCCCACACAUCGUCUCAAUUCAUUCUCUCUCAAUUCCAUUCCACCGCCAUAGCCAUAGCUGCUUGCACCUCGAAUGAGGGGAGUGGUGACUUCAUCAACUCAUACAAUCACACAAUUAGAGCAUGGAGAGUCCAUACCACGGUGGUGCGCCGGUUACCAGCCACGGCGGAGGUUCACGCCCUUCUCUAGGCUUCCCUCUCGGCACAGCUCUGUUGCUGGUCGUCAUUUUCAGCCUCAGUGGCAUCUUCUCCUGCUGCUACCACUGGGACAAACUCCGCCGCACUCUCUCCCUCGAUUCCGCCGACAUCGAGGCCGAUGCUGAUCUCAAGCCGAAACCCCCAAACACGGAUGUGAAUCGGAAGGAGAAUCAGAGCUUGCCUGUGAUAAUGCCGGGAGAUAAUGUUCCGAAAUUCAUAGCAUUACCGUGCCCGUGCCAGCCGCCGCGGCAGGGGAGCGUCGUGGUGGAGGUGGAGAAACCGCCGGCGAAGCCGCCGCAUAUCGCCGUGCCGUUCUACUGAAGUAAGGGCCGCCGCGAUCGAAUCCAAUCCAUUCCUUAGUGUAUAGAUUUUUAGAGUUCGAUUAAAUUUAUAUAUGGACGUUUACUCCUUUUUUUUGCUGCU